AGAGUGACGGCGCACUUUACGACAGUUGCUUUGUGGCAGCGCGGGAGGAGGAAGAUGGCGGCCACCUUGGUAACUGCAGGAAGAAUGGGGCCUUCCCCGGCAUGGGGACCCGAGGCCAUUGCUCCUGACUGGGAAAACCGGGAAGUGACCACAGGGACCACGAUCAUGGCUGUGCAGUUUGACGGGGGCGUGGUUCUGGGGGCUGACUCCAGAACAACCACUGGGUCCUACAUCGCCAACCGAGUGACUGACAAGCUGACCCCUAUUCAUGACCGAAUUUUCUGCUGUCGCUCAGGCUCAGCAGCUGAUACCCAAGCAGUAGCAGAUGCCGUCACUUACCAGCUUGGUUUCCACAGCAUUGAACUUAAUGAGCCUCCACUGGUUCAUACAGCAGCCAGUCUCUUUAAGGAGAUGUGUUACCGAUACCGCGAAGACCUGAUGGCAGGAAUCAUCAUCGCAGGCUGGGACCCUCAAGAAAAAGGGCAGGUGUACUCAGUUCCUAUGGGAGGUAUGAUGGUGAGACAGUCCUUUGCCAUUGGAGGCUCUGGAAGCUCAUAUAUCUAUGGCUAUGUGGAUGCUACCUACCGGGAAGGCAUGACCAAGGACGAAUGUCUACAGUUCACUGCCAACGCUUUUUUUGCACCUUCUUCUUUUUAUCCACAGCUCUCGCUUUGGCCAUGGAACGGGAUGGCUCCAGUGGAGGCGUAAUCCGCCUGGCAGCUAUUGAAGAAUCAGGAGUAGAGCGGCAGGUCCUCUUGGGAGAUAAAAUACCAAAAUUCACCAUUGCCACUUUACCACCCCCCUGAAUUCUGAGAUUCUAGAAUACAAGAGACAACCUUCUCCCCCUCACACACACUAAUACAAAAUUUAAUAAACAGUUUGUCAAACAGAA